UCAUAUACGUUCCAGGCAGCUGUGAGUUGCUUUGGUCAUUCCAUGGCUAGAUGCAGCAAUCAACCAGGAUUUAAUACAAUUUCCGCGGGUUUAUCAGUAGAGCUAGCACUAGCGUUGGGUCCGGGUCCCGCUGGUGUCCAACAACUGCGCAAAGCGAUAGAUAUCUUUCCUACGUCAAAAGCUAUCAAUACUUUAGUGUCCUUCCACAUAAGACAGGGAGAUUAUGUAGCUGCGCUACAAAUACUCAAUGAAUUUGUAGAAUUUGUGGAAGCUUGCGUUGUGGCUGGUGCCAGAGGAAACUACAAUGCUAUCUUGCAUAGAUGUGAAGUGACAAGAGUACUUCUGCUACUCAUACUUCAGCCAUCACCCCAGAGAUUGACACCAUCUCUCGCCCAAGUUCUUGAAAAGUACGCGUGGGCGGAAGAAAAUAUGAACAAUGGUCUCAACAUGAGCGAAGAUGAAUUAUUAUUGCUACAAUCCUUGGUAUUAGCGUGCCAAUCUCACGACCAUCAAGCGGUGUUGGAGCUCGAGAGCGAAUUAUAUCCUUACUUCGACAUGGAGCAAAAGGAACUGUUACAUAAAUUGAUACAAGUAGUAUCGACGCAGUAAAUAUACAAUAACUCUAUGAA